CCGUGCGCAGUACGCACCUCGAGAAUUCUGAGAACGCCAAUCCCCGUAAUUUCCACGCCCCGCAUUACACGACUACUACGCAUUCUCUCUCUCUCUCUCUCUCUAGACAGAGACACCUUCCCAAGUCCACCACACCACACCCGCCAUGAACUCUCUGCAGAAUCAAUCAGGUGUCUGGGCUUGAGGUUUAAGGUUUGGCUGGACUAUUAAGAGAUCUGAUUGAUAGAAAAUGUCAAGUGUCGGAAACACACAUUGGUGUCAUCAAUGCAGGCAGCCAGUUCGGCUUCAAGGUCGUAACUUGGUUUGCCCAUAUUGCAGUGGGGGCUUUGUUCAGGAACUCAAUGAGAUGGUGGGCACCAGACAACAACAUGAUUUCUUUGGAUUUCAUUCAGAAGAUGGUUCCAACUUUGGAUUUAAUGAACCGUUCCCUGACCCAAGAUUUGGAAUUAUGGAUGCCUUUGCGUCUAUCAUGAGGCAGAGAAUGGCCGGAAGAAACCCUAACUUCGACAUUAGAGCGAGAUCUGGUCUUGUCCCUGAACAAAACAUGGCACCUUCUCGGCCAUGGUUGAUGUUGUAUGGCCAAGUCCCCGUUAGGAUGUCUGAUAAUGACGGGUUCGACUUCUUUUUUGGUGGCAGUCCAAGAACCGGGCAAGGGAGAGAGAAUUUUGGUGAUUUUUUCAUGGGUCCGGGGUUUGAACAAUUGAUUGAACAUCUUACUAUGAAUGAUAGGCAGGGUCCACCUCCAGCACCUCGUUCAUCAAUUGAGGCUAUGCCCACGAUUAAGAUCAACCAGACACAUCUCACCACUGAUUCCCACUGCCCCGUUUGUAAAGAUAAGUUUGAGUUGGGGAGUGAAGCGAGGAUGAUGCCGUGUAACCAUAUCUAUCAUUCUGAUUGUAUUACUCCUUGGUUGGUUCAGCACAACUCAUGCCCUGUUUGCCGUCUUGAGCUGCCUCCGCUCGGUUCUACCAGCGUUCGUGGUGUUGAUCGAAGAUCAUCGAGUGGUGGGAAUGGAAGCACUGGCAGUGGCAGCAGUAACAGUAAUGGCAGUAGUAGGAGGGAGAGUGGCAGAUCAAAUCAGGGGAGGAGGAAUCGGUGGUCAUAUUUGUGGCCUUUUUGAUCAUCCAAAACAAAACUACUCUUAUGAAGUUGACAAUGGGGUGAAUGACUUUUGAAUGGCCUUUCAAUUACCAAUAAGUUUGUCUCUAUUGCUGUUUUUGCUUUGCUUUAAUUGUUGUGUGCUUAGUAAAUAUGUUACUGUUGGAUUGUAAGUGGAAUUAAAAAGUUGCCUUGCAGUGAACUCUUCAAUAUGCUGUUAAGAGGUAUACAAAGUUUGUUAUCAUCAUUUUGUGUAAUGUUUUAACCUAAGUCUGCUUUGAUCCUUUUAUA